AGACCUUCAACACGAACCCACCCCCGCUAUAGCUACUUCUCUCCUCCCGGCUGCCACCGCCAUGGCGUCGCGAGCGCCGGUCAUGGAGCUCGACUUCCUCGGCCUCCGUCCCGCCGCCACCACCGCCGACGACCACGACAACCACCGCCAUGGCAGCACCGGCAGCGCCGCCUCCUCUUCCAUCCGAGGCAUGAAGACGAGCGCGAUAGCGAGCAUCGGAGCGCGGCGGCUGCGCCGCGUCAUCGGCGGCGGCGAGGCGCCGCCGCCGGCUCCGAUGACGCUCUUCUACAACGGCGCCGUGGCCACCUUCGAUGGCGUCUCCCAGGACAAGGCUGAAGCGAUAAUGAAGAUGGCAAUGGAGGUUACUGCCUCCAAUGGGGGCCGCGUCGUCCGUGGCGAUGCAUUUGCUGGAAAUUUAGCCAAAGACAUGCCACUCACAAGAACCAAAUCGCUGCAGCAGUUCCUGCAGAAGCGGAAAGAGAGGCUGAGGGCGACGCGUCCGUACCUGCAGGCGGGGUCUGGAGCGACCGGACGCGUUGCUGCGGCGGCGACCAAGUCGUUUCGUGUGAAGGAGGAAGCAGCUUAAUUAGUUAGUCGUCGAUCAGGCCUACUUGGAGUUGGAUAAUUCCGUUCGAUCAGCUACUAAUUCAAGGAUUCUUUGGUGAUUGUAGUGGUGACACGCUUGUAUCUAUCUACAAAUAAAAAAGUCCCAGUACAGGGCUAUAUAAGUCGCCUGAGAUUGGUGUAAUUAUAUUCAUUCAUAAUUAGAGGUAAGGGUUAACCACUUAACUCUAGAUUUGAUAGUAGGCAUGUGCAUGCUUGAUGUAUUCAUUUUUUUAAUCAGGGCGCUGAUUAUACUGUGUGCGCGCGUGUGCUUGUGUGUGUGACAUCCUUUGUGUCGUGUAUGCACUUGCUUGAUAGUGAUAAUUAUGCAGCUGAUUGUAAAGAAUAGCUAAGCUGGAUUUGCUUUAGUUUUUC